AUGUUCCUAAAAAUUGCUCUCCUGGCCUUGGGGCUGCUUGGUCCCGUCGGCUCGAUUCAAGUGUGCCCGGCAUCGGCGUGUCCUGCCGGCGGGGCUUGGACCGCUUGGAAGAUCAUAUCGAGCUGCACUGCGACUUGCGGUAUGAAUGGACUUCGCGUUGAGACUCGUGAGUGCGUGUCGGAGCAGUUUGGGUGUCCUUGCAAUGGAGCAGUAUCUCGCAUAGCCGCAUGCCCGGAUCCGAUGUGCACAUUUCCAAACGCCACAUGCGCUGACGGCUUUGCCAAGAAACUGAACACAACAAGCAAAGGCUACACUUGCCAAGCGGUCAACGCCACCACAGAUGACGUGCCGAAUCCGAGCUUCACUUGCGAUAGGACCGACACUAUCUCCUGCCCGCGAGUACCAGCUGCUGGUAAGAAUUCAAUCAGCAAAAACCGCGGCGAGCUUCGGCAAGAACGUGAAGGCUUUUUUUCUGGUCCGCCUGGACGAACGACCUGCUUGACAUCGAAUAUUCAGAAUUGCACUGGCAGCGCGACUAGAACAGCGAAAUGUCCUGCACAACCUUGCCCAACAGCGCCACAAUGCCUUCUGAAUAGUCCCAUUGUAAUAUUUACGGUCGACGGCGAACGAGUGGAUCGGUGUGGAUAUGAGAUACCUGAACAGGAAACGCCAUGCUUUCCGGCUGGGUGUAAUGUGAUCACGACCACAACCACAACCACGACGACGGCGACGACGACAAGAGCACCACCCACAACCGUGACUGCCACAACAACGAGAGCGCCACCCACAACCGUGGCGACGACUACGACCACCAGAGCACCACCCACAACCGUGACUACAACAACGACGAGAGCGCCACCUACGACAAGGACGCCCACGACGAAAAAAGCGCCAACUACAACGGACGCUGCUACCAAUGACGACGAGCCAACCACGGACGCAAAUUACGAUACGAGCCCGAGCAACGAUAACGAGCCAACCACCGACGUAAACUAUGAUACGAGCGCAAACCCGGAUGACGAGCCAACCACGGAAGGAGACUACAAUACGGACGAAAAUAUCGAGGCAACGACGACGGCACUCCAAGUCCGGGCCGACGCGGUCUGCCUCAUGGCUCCUCUCGCGAUAGGCGACUCCUUCAGUCUGAACACCACACUCACCCAGGCUAACGUGAACACAGGACCCUUCUUUUUAAACUUCGAGGUGAUGCUCUAUGGUGAGGGCGGAACAAAGAGUAACGCGACGGUCCCGAUCAUAAUGUUGACCUCGUCGGACGGCGCCUAUUCAAUUGUUUGCCCUCGAACUGGCGCAACACCUGUCGACGAUUUUGUGGAGGAACAGAUGACGUUGACGUUUACGCGCUCGGCGGAAGACACCAUCACGAUGGUAAUAGACUCCCCAUUACUCAAUGAGACCUGCACGGCGGGGGUAUACCCUGACUUCGUGCUGCAGUUUGUUUAUUUUGUAACGUCGAAGCCGGUAGUCUUCUCGGUCCCUACCACAAAGCCUGUGAACGAUACGUGCCCGGGUUCGUCCACUACCCUAGCAUCUUUGCUUCCCAGCUCCACUUCCGGCCCGGAACUUGACCCAACCACCAACCACCGCGCCGCAGCCGAUCAACUGCUGAUCUCAGCGACUUACCUGGCCUACAAUGCCACCUGGACGAUGACAAUUGACCCAAAUUUCGCCCUCAGAAGUGUUAAGGCCUCCACCGGCCGGUCGGUGAAAUAUUCCGUGUCCAACUACGAAACUAGCUAUGUCGCAAUGUGCAUGUUUACCACGAUAACUACUAGGUCUGGACAC